GACGUACGGCGUUCUAUUGGAUGGUCAUGGUAUUUCCAAUGGCAAGCUUUCCACUGCUCAGUCCAGUCAGCUUCCUUGUACCUGUAGAGAGUGGGGAGAAGAUAACUCUGUCAAUCACCGUGGUGUUGUCCUACUUGGUCUUCAUUGGGUCAAUAAAUGAUGCGAUGCCAAAGUUGUCAGAUACAGUCUCCUUGAUAGUGAUCUAUGCCUCCGUACAGACAUUGAUAAGCAUGCUGACAGUCGUUGCCAAUGGAAUUAUCAUAUACAUACAUAAGCUGCCCCCGGACUUUCAAGUCACAGUUCCAAUGUUCAAAGCAUCAAAGAGACUUAACUCAUCAGGAAAAAGGAAUUACGAUCCACAAAAUGGGAGGAGUUGCAAAGGUAAUUCUCCGAAGCUGGAGUUGCGUUCAAUUAAUGGCAAGACAAGGGCAUUACAAUUAGAAGAAGAAUGCAUAAAGGAAAUGUCCGAAAACGACUGGCUUCAAAGUGGCAAAUGGAUCCUGCUUGCUCGUCGUCUUGACAAGAUCUGCUUCGUAUGCUUUGCGUUUCUUGUUAUAUUGGUAUCUGUCAUUUUCGGCUUCCUUUUCAUAUGGUGAGGAAAAAGAUAAUGGUGCCGAACAAUCAGAACUUUGUUUGAAUCCAUGAUUCCUGUCCCAUAUUAAG